GCAAACCAGGGCCGGUCUACGGAGGUGCUGCUGAUAAGGUAAUGAGUAAUGAGAGGAUGUGGCCACUCCCUGGACCGCUUACGUUCUGGGUGAGGUUACUAUGUGCAGACUAACCUGGAGUCCAUACGGACGACGACCGGGCUUAGAAAGCGACCUCAAAUCAUUUUCUGGAAUAUGACCAAGAGACGUCAAUGAGAAGACAACACUUUGAAGGCGUCAAAUCAUCAAUUUAAGCGAGGUUUAAGGAGCGCCUAAUCAUGGUAACCUUGAACACUCAGUCUCUCACCGUGCCGGUGGGGAUAAUCCGGCUCUUUGAGUUUGCACUAACGCUCAUUACCUUCAGCCUGGUGGCUUCUGAAGGCCACAAUGGCUCUUCGUUCUGGGCCUGGUGCAUGUUCACCUGGUGCUUCUGCUGUUUCAUGACCCUCCUCGUCAUUACCCUGGAGUUCACCAGCCUCAACGGCAAGCUGCCCAUCUCUUGGGACGACUUUACGACGGCUUUCGCGAUGCUGUCCACGCUGAUGCUGCUGGCCGCUUCGGUCAUCUACCCCACUUUCUUCGUACACUCCUCGCAGCCGGUCAGGAUCGCGGCCACGGUCACGUCCUGCGUCGGCUUCAGCCUGUAUUCAGCCGAGGUGGGACUGACCCGGGCCAGACCCGGGGAGAUCAGCGGGUUCCUGUCCACCGUGCCGGGCCUGCUGAAGGUCCUGGAGGCGUUUGUGGCCUGCAUCAUCUUCAUCUCUCUGAAUUCGAACAUUUACAGCAGGUCCCCCGGGCUCCAGUGGUGCGUGGCCGUCUACUCCAUCUGCUUCAUCGUGGCACUCCUCAUCAUCAUCCUCACCAUCGGCAGGUUGCUGUCUCGGAUACCCUUCCCGCUGGACAAAUGCCUGACGGGGUACAACAUACUGGCGGUUUUAAUGUACCUCACGGCUGUGGUGAUUUGGCCUUUCUACAGCUUCCGGCGCAAUCCGAGACCACCAACCUGCAAUCACUGUUUCUGGGACAGCCUGGUUGUCGUGUCCUGCAUGACUUGCAUCAAUUUGAUCGUCUACAUCGUGGAUACGGUUUACUCGGUGCGUUUGGUGUUUAUUUCACCUGCCUAGAAAACAGAACUUGAUCAAGUGCUUGAGAUGUUCCUCGUUUGUAAGCUUUGAAAUGUCAAAUUUACUGAAAGCUUAACCAGGCAACAGCUCGGACGAGAAGCACGGUUGUUAUAUAGGGAGUUUUAAAUAUACUUGACAUUAAUAAAAAAAUAAUAAUCCUGAAGAAAGUUGACUUUUUAAGGAUUAUUACAAAUAUUUUGGAUGACAAAUAUGUAAUAAUCAUUUAAUUAUGUGUGUGUAUAUGUGCAUUGUAUGUUACAUAUGUGACCCUGGAGCACAAAAAAAAACCAAAAAACGUUGAUGUGUGUAAUUGUAUGGCUCAAAAUGAUCUAUUUUUCUUUCAUGCCAGAAAUAAUUGAGUAAAGAUCAUGUUCUACAUUUUGUGAUUUUCAUAAAAAAAUAUAUAUACAUAAAAAAAUUUGUAAAUUGUAAACUUAUCAAAACUUUGUCUUUGAUCAGUAAUAUGCAUUUGCUAAGAACUUCAUUUGGACAAAUUUAAAGGCAAUUUUCUUAA